UACUGCAUCUCUUCUGCUUUUGGCUCUAAAGUGUCCAUUAUCAAAGUACACACUGAUAACACCAAACAACAAAGGUGCCUGCACACGCCUUUUACCUUCGAGCUUUUCACACAUUCUCACAGACUCAAAGGUUAGUGGGUCUCUCGAGGUGGUGAAGUCGCCAUGAAGACAAACGUUGUUCUGUGUUUGAGCGUGUGCGUGUAUUUAAUUGGAGCUCUGGACGAAAGAGAAUCAAUCCCAGAGGAAAACACCAUUCUAAUUCUAACGAAAAACAACUUCGGACGAGCACUUGAACAGCAUGACCGGCUAUUGGUGCACUUCUAUGCUCCUCUCUCUAGUCAGUCUCUUGGCGCUAUUCUGGAGUUCAGAAAGGCAGCGAGUGCGCUGAAGGAUGCAGAAUCUGCUGUGCGGUUGGGAGAAAUAGACGUCAAUAAGGAAAAACAGCUCGCUGCGUCGCUGAAUGUCACGUCAGUGCCGUCGCUACAACUGUACCUGUCUGGAGACAAACACAACCCGGUGUACUGUCCUGUUCUAAAGAGCUCCUCCUCCAUCCUGACAUGGCUUAAAAGAAGAGAUGGGCCGAGUGCUGACAUCAUAAAUAAUCUCACCCACCUGGAAACAUUUAUGGAUGAAGAUGAGCUUGUGGUUCUUGGAUUAUUUAAGGAUCUUGAAGGGGACAUUGUGAAAGUGUUUUAUGAAGUAGCCAUUGACAUUGCUGACCUGCCAUUCGGAGUAACAGGAAGUCAUGAGAUCUUCAGCAAGUAUGACAUAAGCACGGAUACUGUUCUCCUCAUCAGGAAGCAUAAACCUGAUGAGCGGUUUGAAAUGGAAAAAAGCACAAAGGAAGAUGUUGUUGAGUUUAUCAAACAGCAUGAGAUGAAACUUGUGACUGAGUACAAUGGAAUGACAGCAUCUAAGAUCCUGAACUCUGUGGUGCAGAAUCACUUGCUUCUGUUUAUUAAUAAGGCUGAGGAAGGCUUUAAAGACAUAAACCGCACUUUUGAGACCACAGCGGAAAAAUUCAGAGGAAAGGUUCUAUUUGUGAUGGUCGAUGUGAACGAGACAAGAAAUGGACGGAUUAUGGAGUAUUUCCGUGUGAGGGUGGAAGAGGCACCUGUGGUCCGUAUGGUUAAUUUAUCAAAUAAUGUACAAUUCCAGCUGGCCUCGGAUCAGUUCGAUAAACACAGUCUUUCAGAAUUCUGUUUGAAUUACCUGGAGGGAAAAGCUAAGCCAAAACUCCAAAGUGAGCCAAUUCCAGAAAACUGGGACAAACAGCCAGUGAAGGAACUGGUUGGGAUGAACUUUGAAAAAGUGGCCUUCAACUAUGACAAAAAUGUCAUUAUCCUUUUCUACGCACCUUGGAGCAGAGAGAGUCGUGUUUUGUUUCCAUUGUGGGAGGAGCUUGCCCAACACUUCAGUGAAAAUGAAGAUAUUGUAGUCGCUGAAAUUGACGUCACUGCCAAUGAUAUAAACCUUCAUCUGGGGGAAAAAUAUCCAUCAAUCAAAUUUUUUCCUGCAGUUUAUGCAGAGAGGGUGGUGCCAUAUUCUGGCAAACAGAAGUUGAAGGCUAUAGUUAAAUUUAUGGAAAAGGAAAUUAAAAAAGCCAAAAGGGACAGAGCUGAGGAGGAGGAAUUGAGGAAGCAAUAUAUUAACCAUCAUAAGGCGGCAGAGAAAGAGGAGCUCUAAAUCACAUAAUUGUCUCAAUGUAGAUGUUGUUUAAAGCCACUGUUUGAAGUUAAAAUAAAAUUACAUGGUUAAUGUGCUCUGUACUUUUGACUGGUUAUGGACACAUCGUGAAGACUGACACGUCAGUUCUUAAUUACAUGGAAAAUAAAAUACUGACAAUACAUCACUUAACAUGUAAGGUAUUCUGUGCAUGUACUGUAUAUGUAUGGUAUUCA